AUGGAUGAACAUCCUGAUUGUGCUCUACAUUACGGGCAUGUCGGUCGAGCUGUCUAUAUUCCGGAGUCAAAGGCUUGGACAUUUUCGCGCUCCUUCGCGCGACCUACCCCGAUUACAUAUACAGGAAUAACGACGAACGCAAUACCGUCGCCUCAUAAUGUUUCCAAGUCUGAAGUGUACGGUCCUUACGGUCGACCUCCAAACCAAAGACUGAUUUCAUAUGCACACCCUGAUCUGGCUGCACACUGGGUCUCGAUUCAUGACGAUGCCCUUUCCAACUUCGUUUCAGUGACAUCAGAUUUCUAUGACCCCCAAGUCUCUACACUCCUUGACCUAGGAUCCGCAUGGAGUAUCAGACAUUUUGAUAUGGGAGCGCGGGUCUCCAUUGCAGCAGCUGUGACCGGUGACUGCAGUACCACCAUUACUUUCCGCCUCAUGAGAGCUGAUACGGUCAAGCUCACAAAUCAAGGUCUUGUACGUGCGCCAGCCAUCGGCGACUCAGAAUCGACCGAAUGGUCGACCCAAGGAGCCCGUAUUCGUCAAAUUUGCUUUGCGCGGCCUGUGGAGGAAGAGGAAGAAGGCGCCACUUGGAUGGCUGCUCGUCUCACGGAGUCAACGGUUUUUUUCCGGCCUCUAUACCGACAAAAUCCAGCAGCCAUGCACAUAUAUCACGAUGAUCCAGCCGCAUUUCCUUCAGAUCUCCGCAACUCUAGGCUUGAUGCCAAUCCCACAGUGGAGAUCUUUAGCUCGUAUACGGGCGGGUUCCCGCAUGCGGACGUAUCAUUUAAUCCGUGGUGGCAGAGACAGGUGGCUAUUGUUGAUAGUAGAGGCAACUGGAGUAUAUGGAUUAUAUCGGGUAAACUACGAAAGGCUAAUUGGCUUGUUACGCCGGGUCAGAAAGGCUCACUGCCAAUACUUGACUCGACCAACGCCAAUAGUCCGCGACAUGAUGGAUGGGCAUCUAUUGAGUGGGUUGCUGAUUUCUCGACCAUAUUAGUCGCUGAUCGCCGCUGUGCUAUGCUUUUCCAGAUGGUAGGGGAGGAUACCAGAUCCAGCACCAUUGAGCUGUGUCUAGGCAAGCCUUCCGAAUGGAUCUUGGAUAUGCAAAGAAGCAGUCAAAAUCCAUCUCACUUUUUUAUUCUCACUACAACCCGACUUCUCUGGUUUGAUGUUGCAAUGUCUGUUCCUAAUGCAGCGGGUGUACGGCCACCUUUACGACCGCAUACAGCCUGGUGUCACUUUCGAGAUGUCGAGGACACAACAUUACGGAUCAGCGAGUUGUUGGUCAGAAGUGAACUGCAUCUGGUUUUAUACUCCCGUGUUACAGAGGUCGUGCAGGUGUUUCCAUGUCCAGUUACCACGGAUGAGGGCGCGGAAACAGUUGCAGUCUCUGAUCCUUUUCUGCUUUCUGUACCCUCGAUCAGAGACCCUUCUGCCCCCGAGAAGAGCACGCGCUAUUCAACAUUUAUCUUCAAAGAAGUCGGUCAUUCUCCUGGAUCCGCCUUAGUAGAGGAGAGCUACAGCCCUAAUAUGACACUUGUCAAACUCUUCUGGAUCGACUCUUCUCUUGCCAUCCAUGAAACGUUUUACAAGGGUCCAGAUAAGGACCCGGAUGAACAGGAUACGUUUGCCAAUAACAAUAGCAUUCUACAUGUCACGCGACAUUACCUACCCCGGAAGGAAAAGGAUGUCGCCGAUGACAGUAAUUUCGUCGUUGAUGAUUGGGAUGAUUCUGUGGUUGUUCCACGGGUCAUACCCAUGGCGGUGGCUUCCACAGAAGUUGAAGAAGACCUGGAAUGGACUGUGGAUUUUUCUCGAACAUAUAAUCUUGCCGUGGCAAAUAUCACGACCCAAAGUGGUGGACAGUCCAAUUUUACAUUUGAUAAGAUGAUUGACAACCUCAAAAGCGAGGAAGAUUCAGCUGGUUGGAGGGCAAGUGAAUCAAUACUCGAACAGUGUGGUGGCCGACCUAUAUUAGAUGACAUCGAUCAGAAUUCCCAGGACUUGGAACAGCUCGUCUCAAUGGCUCUGGCUGGAAACCUCAACUCUCAAGGCAAAUACCCAUUUAUGCUCCUCUCGAUGCAGUUCUCUCAUGUGUUUUUCGGUAUGCCAGCUAUUUCAGCUGGGAACCAAUUCGGGUUGAAUCUCCUGGAAACAUACGAUUAUCUGAUCAAUGAGUGGAUAACAAGUCUACCAAAUGACACACCCAAUCAUACUCGCCGAAUGAAGGAGAAAGUAGUUCGUGGCAUUGCCCUUGAUAUCAUCCUGGCACGCCUAAUCCGCAUUUCCAACCGAACUAGCUAUCAAAACUCAUCACAAGCGAUCGAAUCUGUUGACGAUGAUCAGCAGAUGGAGGAACCUACAACGCCUCGUGAUAUUGGAGUUCAACUCUCUUCACAAUUGCACUCCAGCCAGAGCGUGGUUGCUAGGGAUGAGGCCUCCCAGCCCUGGGCUGACAAAAAGGCCACCUCUGCCCCAUUGUACUACCAUUUGUCUGCAUUCACCACGUUCAAGAAGCCUCGUACGACGGCGCGGAAUGUCAGUAGUCUGCUCUCUCAUUGGCAGCCGGGCUCUGACCCUUCCACAUACGUGCAACAGAGUUUGAUGGUUGGUGAGGAUCGGACAUCGACACCGAGUACUCCUAAACAUCGGACACGCAAGAGACGAUCAUACUCGCAAUCGCAAUCAACUGCAGUCGAUGCGACAUCCCUGCCUCCAACCCCCGUCGUGCCCAUAUCCCGGGUCUGGGGCACUCAACCCGAGCAUAUACUAUCAUCUUCACAGUACAUUCCCAGCAGUCAGCCCCGGAACGAAACGAUGAGUCAAACAGAAAGAGGAAACUUCGGAGCGCGUGAAGUCAAGAAGAAAACGGCAAAUAAGAAGAAAAGAAGAGCAGCUGGAUUCUGA